GCACUCUCCUGUCUUGAUAUUCUUGGCUCGCUUGGAGAACCACCCUAAGAUUCUGGAGGCGACGAAACAGUUGUUAUCAUUGCGAGGGUGGCGACCCUUGUCUGCCACGUCGAGGGUGGUGGUAGAAGCGCGUGGCGUGCGAAUUUCCGCGAGCUUGAGGAAGAACGCGAAACGAACCGCCCUCUUCAGACGUGGAGUUCUGAAGACCACCCCCACUUCUUCCCCCUCUCGAUCGAGAGCGCGCGCGCGCGCGCGCGCGAGCGCGUGCCUCCCUCUUCGUCGCGGGUGCUUAGACAGCCUCGAGAAUCGAAGACACACGGGUACCGAGUUUCACGGGUGGAGAACCCGCGCGUGUCGUCUCGAAACAACCGAGGAUUCGUCAAAACGACAGUUUUGGAGUAUCGCGAUAACGUGGAUCGACACAGGAAACGACGUACUUGUCACUCUGGUGCAUAUAUUUAAUAGUAGGGGGACCUUGAUUAAGUCUACGUCAGUGCCGUUUGACCGAUGUCUGUUGUCGCCAUACACACCCUUUCCAGGACCGAGUUAUCGAAAUAUAUUUGUUAUGUACUAAUUGAUAUUUAUUGAUGUAAAUAGCACUUACUACAUAACUGUCACCUCUCGACUCCUCGCGAGAGAACGAUCCUCCUCUCACGUCAUGAUGAAGUAGAUAAAUUAAAUUCAAGUUUGUGAUAAUCUCCAGUCAAGAAAUUACAUCCAAAAUAGUGCACUAUGAAAUUUGGCCGUCGGGACAAAAAUCAAUGGUGGUUGGUUGGGAGGAUCGACAAUCAUUCGGGCUGACAGAAGAUUACGAGGAGUCGAUCGAGAAUGUCGCAUGGUCGCUUGAAUGCUUCCCAGAAUUCGAGGAUCUCGAGUGACAACGUCCACAUUCAGGGUAGCACGGGAAGUGUUCGAUGAGGGUGGAAGUGAUCUCGGUGGGAGAUUUCGAAGAGGAAGAAGCUGGCGCGUGCUUCGUGUUCCUCGCGAAUCAGGACUCCCCGAAGACGUCUCGGAAAGCCUCGUGACAAGGAUCGACAUUAAUCCCGAAGACUCGAAUCUGGAUCGGUGUGAGUGAUUCCGCCAGAGAUUCCGCGAGUUUGGUGCGUGAGCGACAUUGAAUUGUCACGUUUUUCCAAAGUGAACGGACUGGAGCCGAAUAGCCGGGGGUGAAUUAGUGUGGAUAGUAUUAUCGCGACUGGUUCGCGAAUCUCGUCGCCGAAACGCACGUCAGAACUAUGGUGAUGUGGACGGGAGUGAUACGCGGCAGGAACAGAGAUAUCAAUUAGAGAGCAAGAGGAUGCGGUGAGGAGCCGGCUGGUUCGCGAGGUUCGAGAUGUCCGCCGUAACCAGCCCAUAUGGCCCCGCGGAGAUGCUUUCCGACUCGGUCUACAACUACGCGACGACCCGACGGGGCGCCGCCGACCAGGACAGCGACUCCCAGUACGAGGCCCAGGCCCAGUUGCAGAUCACCAGCAGCAUCCAGAGCAAGCCGCGGAACAAGCGGAAAAACUUCAAGCCCAUAAGCAGCCGGAUGGCGGAGGUGUCCGACGAGUCCGAGAGAGACGACGACGAGCCGGAGGUCGUGGAGGAGAGCUCCAGCGAGAUCCUGGAGUACGAGAGGAAGACGAUGCUGCUGCCGGCCGAGGAGAGAUCGAAGCAGAGACUAAACAACAACGAGGCCAGUCCGAUGGACCUCUCGGUCGCCACCAGACCGCCGUCCUCCGAGGCCGACGACGACAGCGCGGACUCUCUCAGGCACAAGUUCAUCCUCGAGCAGCUGAGGUCGCAGAAGUUUUACUCCCCCGGUACAGAGGCGAGAAGCCCGAACUCCGAUUCGUCGGACAGAAGCGGGAGCGGCGUCCUGGACGCGGAAUCGUCUCGCUUGGACGACCAGGACACCCAAUUCGACGACGAGCGGGGCAACGACGUCGACGGUGAGGUCGAGAUCGAGGAGCGAAAACCCUUCGAGGGCAUGCGGGAGUACGCGGAGUCGACGAUGCAGGAGCUUCUGGCGAUAUACGGGCUGGCGGGAGGCGAGCUGGCGAAAUCGGUCAGCAGGCAACUGCCGCCCACGUUCCUCAACCCGAUCGUCGUCCAGCAAGCUCAAGGAAAAAUGAAAGUGAAGGAGGAGAAGGACGCCUCGUCAAUGGCGCCAGGAAGUCCACCCACGCCUCCGCAUACCCCGCAAAGUCCACAACGCGCAAUUCCGUCUCUCGGCAAUCUGUCGCAAUCCUGUCAAACGUCAAACGCAAACUCGCCGAAUUUGCAGCAACAGCAGCAGCAGCAGCAACAUCAGCAGCAGCCGCCGCAAUCGCAGCAGCAUCAAUCGCAGGUGCAGCAGCAGCAGCAGCAGCAGCAACACCCCAUCCACGCCGUGACCAAUUCUCCAUUGAGUCAAAUAUUGGUGCAGAAUCCGGCAUUGGCGCAACUACUGCAACAGAAUCCAGCGAUUUUGUCGCAGAAUCCGCAGUUGGCGCAGCUGCUGCAGCAGAAUCUGCAGGCUCAGAUGGGCAGCGUGCUGUUUCAAAAUGUGAGGCGGGAAGAGUCCGAGGACUCCAAGGUACCGCCGACAAUAGCGAGCCUGGCGGCGAUGAAGGUGGAGGCAGCUGACCCGAAGGUUUCCGCCUUGCUCAGGCAGAGUAUGUCUCCGGUAGCGGAUUCUCUGAUGAGUGGUUCCAAAACGUCGGUGUCCCAACCGAUCAUCGAUUAUUCCCGAUACGUGAGGAGAUAUACGUCCAGCCAAGAAUGCGGCAGUACGUACUGCAAGGAACUGGGUUGCAGGGAGCACUUUCAUUGUCUGGACUGUAGCGGCAGGGUGUUCGUGAAGAAGGAGGAAAUGAUCAGGCACUUCAAGUGGCAUAAGAAGAGGGACGAGUCCCUGCAGCACGGCUUCAUGAGGUACUCGCCGACGGACGAUUGUUCGGAGAAGCACCCCGGCCGGACCUGUCCGCACAAUAGAAAGCAGACCCACUACCAUUGCAUCCACGAGAAUUGCGACAAGGUGUAUAUAUCGACAUCGGACGUGCAGAUGCACGCAAAUUACCAUCGCAAGGACUCGGCCAUCAUACAAGAGGGCUUCCAGCGAUUUCGGGCCACCGAGAGUUGCGCGACUGAGCAUUGUCCGUUCGCUGGACAACGGACCACGCACUUUCACUGUCGUCGACCGGGAUGUCGGUUCACGUUCAAAAAUAAGGCCGAUAUGGACAAGCACAAGUCUUAUCACAUCAAGGACGAACAACUGUCGCGCGACGGUUUCAAGAAGUUCAUGAAAUCGGAGGCCUGCCCGUUCGAGCAGUGCCGAUUCUCCCGGGUUUGCAAUCACAUUCAUUGUAUACGACCGCACUGCAGCUACGUUCUGCACUCUUCCGGCCAGCUCUUUUCGCACAAGCGAAAACAUGAGCGUCACGAGUCGGAGCUGGCUUAUCGGAAGUACAAGCAGGUUACCGCCGUGGGUGGUAUCCGUCCACCUGGAUCAUGGGCGCCGGACGAGUUGAGCGCUCAAAGCUGCUUAUCUCUAAGUCUGAACGGCGAGAGCUCGAACGAGGGCAGAGGUUCUCCGUCGUACUACUCCCUGGAGGAUUCUUUCCAAAGCGCGAGCGACCUCGCGAUGGAUCUCACCGCUCCGACCACGACCAUCACGGCCAGCGGGAGUUCCGUUAAUCUCGAUCAGCAGCAGCAUCAACCAUCUCAACAACUCACCGCCGCCGAACUGGCCUAUCUGGUACCGGCCACCGCGGAUUGCGCCUGUAACACGGGCAGAGAACACCAUCAUUGCGGACUGGACCGCUGCGGAACGACCCUGAAAGAUCCCCGGGAAGUCAGGGAACAUCUGAAGGAACAUGAGACGCAGGAGCGCAUAACGGACGCUUUCUUCGAGGAGGGCGGCUGCGACGACGGUUGCCCGUACGCGGACAAGGAGAAGCAUUAUCAUUGCAAUUGGGAGAACUGCCGUGAAGUGAUACUUUCCACCGACAAGCCGUUUCGCAGAUUGCAGCAUUACAAGAUACACGAGUACAGCCGGCAGUUGAACCUCUCCUGUUCCUCGCACGCUCUUUCCUCCGACGUCACGUUGACCCACCUGACGAACAUCGACGCGAUGUUCAGGCGGAAGCGCGGUAGACCGCCGAAAAAUCGCGUCAUAGAAAUCUGGUCGGGCGGCGACCCCGCGACACACACUCACGAUUCGCCGCAGGCGAUCUUCACGAGUUUUAAGCUCCCGAAACCGCAAACUCCUAAUUUAACGUCUAAUAUGCUGAUAGACGAUCGAGAGGGCAGCGUAUCGCCCUCGAACAGUCUAGGCGAGCCCGACGGAUUUGCUACGUACAACUCGGAGGGAUGCCCAGACACGGCCUGCGUGCUUAGAUCAACCAGGCACCAUCAUUGUUCGCAGUUGCGAUGCCACUUCUCCACCGAUCGGCCGGAUCAGCUGCUUAUGCAUAGUAAGGAUUUCCACGACAACGUCGAUAUACCACCCGGCUUCGCCUUCUACGAUAAAAUGGUCGACUGUCGACUGGCUGGCUGUCACAGCAAUCGCGUUAAUCGGCAUUUCCAUUGUACCAGACCGAAUUGCGGAUACUCGUUCGUUAGAUACUCGACGAUGGCGUUGCACGAGAAGCAACACUCGUCCGGUCACGUCGAGUCCUGCGGUCAAGAGUUGAAUAAUCAGGAAUGUCAGACGCAACUGCAGUCGUCGAUCCAAGAGAUGAAACCUAGGAUUCAAGUGAAAAAUCCCGCCGAACUGAUCGAGAAGCCUGACGAGAGUCUGACGGCGGCCGAUCAGGAUAGCAGGCUGAUAAUCGAGGACAAGGAAUCCGAGCUUGCAAGUCCCGACAGCGGCAAGACCACCGUGGUGAGGGCGGCUGGCACCUAUUAUCCGGUUAGCGGACCGCCGAGCGAACCCGCACUUCCGGGCGUCGUGCUAUCCAUGCGAACUUCCGUGCACCAAGAAUCACCGGUCAUGCCGUCUAUGAGCUCUACCUCGCCGCACACUCUGUACGGACCGGAGCAAAGCUGCAGCAGGCCGUUCUGCAAGCUGAAACGCAAGAAUCAUUAUCACUGCAACGCAUGCAAUCAGGCGUUCUCCGAGCUGGAUCGCCUGGUCGCGCAUAUAGCGAAGCAUUCGACCGGCGCCAUUCUCAGCCAGCAGCAACACGACAUAGUCAGCCCGUCGCCUAAUCAGCUGCAGCACGACUACAUCGCGCAGCUGUCGCAGAAGCAGCACGACUUCAUGUCGCCGAACGCUCAGAUGGCUCAGAACAUUCAGAAUUUUCAGAAUCAGAUGCAGCGGCAGAUGCAUCAGACCUUCAAUCAGCAGUCUCAGUCGAAGGAUAUCAAGUUGGAGAAGCCGAGGUGCAGUAUCGACAUCGGUGUGCAAAAUGUCCCGAACGUCAAGCGGGAGCCGUCCGAAAUUGCGUGUAGGGACGAAGGCAACAAUACCGCGUUAGACAGUCAUGAAAACGGCCAAUUGGCACAACCGCCGAUUCAGCCUGCUGGCAAUGUGCAACAGCCUUCGAUACCGACAAGCUUCGAACUCGAUCUCAGCCACGGCUUUCAUUUUCCGAGCCCCGCGGUGAUGGCCGCGAUGAACCAGCAGAUCGCCCUGAUGAAUCAGGCCCUGCCGCCGUUUCUUCAGCACGGCGGAAUGUACGCCGGCGCACCCGGGCUGAUGUUCGCGCCCGGUUUACCGCCGGCCAAUUUCCUUCCACCCGCGAGAGACGAGAAUCCCCUAGCCUCGCUGGCAGCUAAUCUCAACAUAAACAAGAGAUCUCUCUCGCCUAUAGACAAUAAUUCGCCGGAGGCCAAGAAGCAACGACUUCAUCAUUCGAUGCGUAUGCUGAAAGACGAGCCUGUACCGGAGGGAUAUGUCAGAUUCAGAUUCAACGAGGACUGCAGGUACCCUCAUUGCGGCUACAGAGAGCAUCAGACUCACUUCCACUGCAUGCGUCAAGAUUGCGGCUACUCGUUCUGCGACAAGACUCGUUUCGUGCAGCAUACCGCGCGGCACGAGCGGCUGGACACCCUGAUGGGCGGCGAUUUCCAGCAGUAUCGGGCCAACGUGCCGUGCGGCAGGGCUCAAUGCGCGUACACGUCGUCCCUCGGAUCGAUGCAGAACAAGGCGUCGCAUUUUCAUUGCUUGAAGUGCGACUUCGUCUGCACAGACACGAAUAAGGUGGUCGCCCAUCGGCGACAGCACGCCAAGUUGGACAGUAUUGCGGCGGCGGGUUUCCAGAAAUUUACGCCCAGUCAACCGUGCGGAGCGGUGCAGUGUCAACACUCCGGCAAGCAGACGCAUUAUCAUUGUCUGCAGUGCCAGUACGCGGUGCUGGGCCUGGCGCAGAUGUCGGCGCACAAGUACCGACACAUGGACUCCUAACGAUCUCCCGUAGAAGUCCUGCGCGUGGCAGGACGCCCGAAUAAAGCAUUACCUUGGUCCCUGUAGACAUUCCCUAGAGAAUGGCGUUGCCAUCUUCUUCUCCGGGCUAGGUGGAAAAUCGAGAGCGGAACCGGUAGGGGACUAGUCAACGACUUUGUCGCAAACACUCGCUGCCCACCCUGUCGAUAAUUGUCCCGCGUGGAAAAAAAAAGUCUAAACGGUCGUCCGCGAAAUUCCGGAAGACGCCCAUUAAAAGACAAAUUCCUAGUCCCGAUAGACAUUCCCCGAAAGAAUACUUGAGUGCCUCGAUCGUUCGCGGUCGGGCGACGUUCCUGGUAUAAGAUAUGAUCAGUGGCAACCUGGUAGGGGGCUAGUCAAUAACGUUUAUCUUGAAAAUGACAAUACUAUUAGGUCGAGAUCUUCGAAUCGAGAUACGUUCGGUAUCUGCGGCUACGUCGGGAAAACGUUGAGGCGAUUUGGUGUCUUCACGUAUAGAGUCUGAACACUGAGGCGAGCCGACGAUGAAGAAUCAGGGGAAACGCAUUGUUCGAGCAAUCUUGGCAGACUCUUAGUAACGCUUCCACGUAUGAACUGGAACUUCGAAACGAGGUAAAUUCCGAGAAUUACCGAGAUUUACGUAGUCGAAUCUCAAAAUACAAUUCUUCCGGACCGUGGACUCUUGGGAGCCGGAAACGAGAGACUCGAGAAUCUGGCGUAGCACUAAGACAAUAAUACGAAGACAAGUCUAUAGUAUAGCUUUAGUA